GAUGGUUCUGGCUACAAAGGAUACAUAGGAGCUUCUGCAGUACUAUACAAAGGUAGGGAGGAGGCAAGCACUAUCCGAUACCGGCUUGGUCCUGAGGAGCAUCACGAAGUGUAUGAAGGGGAAUGUGUGGGCAUGAUACUCGCACUACACCUAUUACGAAACGAAGCCAACCCUGUGGCAGUGUCUAUCUGGUCAGACAGCACUGCCGCUAUUGCAGCAUCUGACUCCACGCGAAGUGGCCCUUCCCACUACAUCCUAGACAUCUUUCACUCGCUGCUAAUGGAACUCAAAACAACGCAGCCAGAUCUACGAGUCACCAUCUCAUGGAUACCGGGACAUCUUGGGGUGGAAGGAAACGAACGAGCAGACGAAGAAGCAAAGAGAGCAGCACAGGGACGCUCAAGUCCUUGCUCCUGCCUACCACGGCAACUACACAGACAGCUCCCG